UGCGUGACCGCUCGUUGUGACCGUCAACCAAUUGUGUGACUGACACCUGUUCUAGAUCUGGAUUCUGUUAGCCAUUCCAAUGAUGAAGAGAGCAGCAUCACUGGCAUCCGGGCGUCUAGAACAAAUUCUAAGACAUGUUUCAACAUCCUUCAAUGUCCGGCCUCUCACUAAACCAGUAGAUUCAACUUUCUUUUCCGUUGCUGAACCCCUUACAUCCGAUGCUUUGCGUGCUAUCUCACGGCAGCUGGAGAAGUAUACGCCAAUGACCGCUGCAGCCAUCGCAUGCGACAGCCGGCCCGCUGCCUCGGUCCUCAUUGGACUCUGUAAUGUUGACGGUGUUUCGGGUGUUCUGCUCGAAGUAAGAGCGAAACUGCGGACGCAUUCCGGAGAAAUUAGUUUUCCUGGAGGGAAGGCCGAUGAAAUUGACGCCAACCUCGUGGAUGCCGCUCUUCGUGAAGCAUUUGAGGAGAUAGGGGUCAGACCUUCCCAGGUAGAGAUACUGGGAUGUUUAGCGCAACCAACUGUUUCCUCAACAGGACUUACAGUGCACUGCUAUGUCGGGUUUAUACAUCCGUAUGAGGAGCUGUCCCCCGGUGCCAGGAAGCGUACACCAUCACUUGUACCGAACUCACACCCGGUUUCUAUCCCAUCCUCAAUACCAUUGCCUUCUCUUUCAAUCAACUCCCUCCGUCCGAAUCCUUCGGAAGUCCAGCAAGUAUUUCAGUUCCCUCUCUCUUAUCUCCUAUCACCACUUCGCCUUCGCCCUCACAAUUUGCUUAUGCGCUCCUCUUAUUGGGCGAUAGACGUUACGGAUUUCAUCAAGCCUGAGCUACGGGGUUUGCUACCCAACGUGCCGUGCUCGCCAAAUGACGGGGACGAGGCGGGACGUAUUGUAGAUCCUGCAGUGCCCAAGAUCGAGGUCUGGGGACUUACGGGUCACUACAUGAAUGUGUUCAUGCGGAGACUCAUGAUGCUAUGAGUGGUACGCUUGAAGAUCUGAUCCGCAUAGGUCACCCCCCAUCGCACUGAGUCGCAUGUGUUAUUGCCUCGUGCGGACGCGCAUCAGCGCCGACAAUGCUGGCCCAUAUUCUUCCUGCAUAUGUCUUCUGUCUCGAGCCGUCCAACACAUUAUCACUGGGAUCUAACACUUGAAUCGCCGUCAUGCUUUCAAACGAACCGGAAUACAGUUAAUCGGCAGCAUACUUUACUCACGGUUGUUUUGCCAGGCAUCUACUUGACGCGC